AUGAUUCUUGCAACUAAGUUUUCAACUGAGAGGUACGGAUCAGUUAAGCGAGUUUAUGUCAUAUGCAAUGAGGAUAAAGAGAUAGCAGAGGAAUUCCAACAAUGGAUGAUUGAUAACAUUGGAGCGACGGAGGUGAAGAAAAUCAAAGGUGCAGACCAUAUGGCAAUGUGCUCAAAGCCAGCCGAACUUUUUCAUUGUCUCCUAGAGAUAGCAAACGAGUACGAUUAG